AUGUCGACCUCGAACUGGGCCUCAACACCUCCCAUUCCCAAGGACAAGCGACCUAUUGUUCUCUCAGGACCCUCGGGUGUAGGCAAGAGCACCUUGUUGAACAAGCUGUUUGAGGAGUUUCCUGAUGAUUUCGGAUUCAGCGUUUCUCACACUACCCGAGACCCAAGACCAGGCGAGAUCCGCGGGCAAUCCUACCACUACGUCUCCCAGUCCGAAUUCGAAUCCCUAGUGCAACAAGGUGCAUUUCUCGAACACGCCCAGUUCGGAGGCAACCGAUACGGCACCACAGCCAAAGCAGUUGCUGACGUCUCCACCGAAGGCGUCACCGGCACUGAUGGCUCAUCCAACGCUCGUCGUGCAAUCCUAGACAUCGACGCUCAAGGUGUGAAACUUAUCAAGGCUAACCACGCUUCGCUCAACCCGAUCUACAUCUUUAUCAGCCCGCCGAGUUUCUCGACACUGAAGCAGAGAUUGACGGCGAGGGGGACGGAGACGGAAGAGAGCGUAAAGAAGAGAUUGACAAUGGCGAGUAAAGAGAUGGAAUAUGCGAGGGAGGAUGGUGCGCAUGAUUGGAUUAUUGUCAAUGAUGAUUUGGAGAGAGCGUAUGGGUUGCUGAAACGGGCGAUCAAUCAGACGUUGAAGAAGGGAGAGGAUGACAAGAUGCCGAAGAAGGAUCAAGAUGAGGAGCAGUGGCAAAAGCAGCAUUCCGCCUGA